GAACGAAUAUGGAGUAUCAAUUUCUGAAGCAAAAUGCAAAGAAAAAUGCUAUUGGCAAUUCGGAAUACAUUGGCAGCUAAGCAGAGACAAAGCAGGCUGGACGUAAAAAUCAGAAAUGGGGAUCCCUGGAAUGGAAAAAAAUAUUUCCUUAGUAAACCGAUGACAUUUGGGAAGCCGGAAAUGCCAGUGGUGCACAGGCGAAUUAUUGCGGUUGGCAUGCCCAAACAGCAGGAUCCAGUGGCAGCCUCUCCGGAGCGCUAUUGCAUUUGCCGGAGUAGUCGAGCGGAUGGCUUUAUGAUUGACAGGUUAUUUUUCCCAUCCAGCUGUUGUGACAAGUGCAAUGAGUGGUUUCACGGCGAAUGUAUUGGCCUGGACGAGGAUGUUGGUCUGCAGUACGAUGUCUACUUUUGCGACAAGUGCCGACUGAAGAAUCCGCGACUAAAGUGCACCUACAAGACACAGCCCACCGUCCCCAUCGUCCGGCCUGUGGUCGCCAAGAGGGCGCCCGAACCGGAGCUAGAUUCUACCAGAGCGGUCCCGCCUGUUGCCUCGAAACCGACAUCCCUGGUGACUCGCAGAAAAUCGUUUAGUGCGUUGGUGGCAGUGAACGAGAUGUUGGGGGAAGACCGUAAGCGGGAGCCCCAGAAGCCACCUAGAACUAGGAGUGCCGAUGAGGCAGCACCCGUUAAGUCGCUCGAAUCGAAAGCAUCUCAGUGCAAUUUGGGCACUAAUUCAGAGGAAAGAACCUCCGCCAAUAAGGGACCGUCUGCGAAUAUUCGAGGAUUAAAGCGGCGCAUUUGUUGCACUUGCAGCUGCGAUGAGACGGCUCGCCCAGACUCUAGGUACUGCUCGGAUGAGUGCGGCAGUGUUACCACAUUGACCAGGAUUUUCGCGGUGAUGCCACGUCUGCUUCCGACCUGGGGACUGAACUGCGACGAGGCCAAGGCCGAUGAUAUGAUGCAGGCCCUAACUAAAACCCAGCCCAAAUUGGUGCUGGAAACCGAAUCUGAAAUUGGGACAGUGUCAGAAAAAAGUUCAAAGCCAGCUGCGUUGGAAAAGCAAAUCGGUAAUGGGCCAGCUAUUAAAGAUGCUGGAAAGGUGCCAGAAACACCAUCCAUAAAAUCUAAAAAUCAAAAUCCACCCAAAAGAGCGAAUGUACCAGAAACACCCACUAAAUGUAACCGGGAAAAUCAGGCUUCCAAUUCCCAUAACAUCAAACAAAAUUCGUUCGAAAAAGACCGUCACUCUAGAUCUAGCUCUAGAACCCUCUCUAUAAUUGAGAAAAGUGGAAAAGAUAAGGCACCGUCCACACAGCACACACCAAGAAAGGUUUCAUCUCUGACAAAAACUCAGAUUAUGGAUAAAUAUUUUAAGACUCCUUGUUCAUCGUCUAAAAACCUAAAAGCCGUAAAUACACCCCGACGCGAGUCGGAAAACAUCAUUGAGUCAAAAACUCGUGCAGAACCGAAAACACUUGGUACUCCCGACACUAAAGCCUUGUCCAAAAUAGUGAAUCAAACCAAUAUUAAAUCACAAUACGAUACUCAAAACAAGAGAAUCUACAUAGAGCGGUCCAAUGUGUGCUUCGACAAAGGACUCAUUAAGGAGCCGAUACUAUGUCGCCCAAAUGAGAGCAGCUGCCAAAAACUAAAGGCUUUAAGCCAGAUUGUAUCCAAGCUGUUGCCUGAGCAGAAAGACUACCUGGCAAGGAGGAGAAAAGCCUUGGAAGACCAAAGACGAGUCUCUUCAAAGAUGCCUAUCAAGGUGCAACGAGCCCCCAAGGCAAGCAAGCUGAAGGAUUAAAGCUUAACAACACUUUUACUGUAUAUAGCUAAUAAAAAUAAAACUUCCCAUUUCAACUAAAGCUGAGUAAAAACUAACGACCAUUUACCGAAUCAAUCUCGCAAACUGUCACAUUUGUUGACCUGUCAAAGGGUCUGUGGAAACUUUCAAUUCUCGCACGUCCACUGGAGAGUAUACGUGAUGCGAGCCUUCCAUCAAAUGUCAAUCAGUCAAUGGUUUGGAACAACGGCCCAAAGAGAUAAAAACUAAACCCCACCCUAAGCUGAAACUAAAAUGUUUAUUUGUGUCUCUAU